AUGGCCCCCGCCGACAGAACAGAGGGGGGAGGGUUUCCCGAACUCGAAAAAGAAGGAUCCUGUGAACUGACGCCGUCCUCUCCGACCGACCAGGCCAGGGCUGCCCCACCCAAGCUCUCCGAUGUGAGGGACCUCAUCGAUGAGAGCACGUUUGAGCAAAUCAUGGAGAUGGACGAUGACGACGACUGUGAUUUCAGCAGAGGUAUCGUCUACGGCUUCUUCGACCAGGCCAAAUCUACCUUUACCAACAUCAAGACUGCUCUUGAGAAGAAGGAUCUGGAAGAGCUCUCCCAGCUGGGGCAUUUCUUGAAGGGUUCUUCUGCUACCCUGGGCCUGAUUCACGUUCGUGACGGCUGUGAGAAGAUCCAACACUUUGGCAAUGGAUUGGAGGAAAACGGCUCGGGCAAGCUCGCCGACGAUGUCGCCCUGAAGAAUAUCGAGAAGACUUUGAAGGAGGUCGAGGUCGAAUACGCCAAGGUGGAGAAGUUCCUGCGUCGAUUCUACGGCGAGGAAGUUCAGGAUGAGCCUGAGCCCCAGCCCGAGCCCCAGCCCGAACCCAAGGAAGAGAAACCUGCCGUGGUCUCGGAAAAGGCACCUGCUAAACCGUUGGAGAAUGGUUCUGAUAAGGGGCCUGAGAAGGAGAAGGUAAAGGCGGAAGAAAAGUCUACAGAGCCGGCCAAGAAUCAUGUCACCGAUCAGAAGUCCAAAGUGGACGAGGAGUCGAAGAAAUAA